CCAGUGCAAUUUAUUUGUUCAGAACUUAGUUCUCAUAAUGCAACGCGGAAUAAUUGUUCAUAAUUUUUUACUAACCCUUUUGGGUUUCCUGAGUUGUGGAGCUCUGGGAGUUAUGGCGGAAAAUAAUGUUACCCGAGAAAGAGAAUUUGAUUUUAUUCCCCUGUAUCCUGAACCGCGCAUAGUUGGUGGCACCGUAGCCAAAGAUGGCCAAUUCCCGUAUCAGGUGGCCCUGAACAUUGGCAAUAGUUUCACCUGUGGCGGUUCCAUUAUUUCGGCAAAUUAUGUGGUAACGGCGGCCCAUUGUGUUACCUCGGGCUUGGUGCCCAGGCCAUACCCCGCUUCCCGUUUAAAUGUACGCGUUGGCAGUCGUUUUUACAACAGUGGCGGCGAGGUGGUUGGCAUCUCCCAGGUCAAGGUUCAUCCCUCAUAUCGUCGCUCGGACAAUGAUAUUGCCGUGUUGAAGCUCUCCAAACCUCUGGUGUUUACGGAUAACAUCAAGCCCAUCUCCAUUGCCAAAAGGGCACCAGCUGAUGGUGUAGCUGUCACAACUUCGGGUUGGGGUCUCUUGCGUAAUGGGGGAUCCACACCACGUGAGCUGCAGUAUACCACCAUGACAGCCCUCUCCCUUAGAAAUUGUAGACGUAGCCUCUAGACAGUAUCCAGUACGGUGUUGUGCCUUGCCCCCCGUAAUGGUAAUGGGGUGUGUGGUGGAGACUCCGGUGGCCCUGCUGUCUAUAACAACGAGCUGGUCGGUGUCACAAAUUACGUUGUGGGUGGUUGUGGCUCACGUUAUCCCGAUGGCUAUGCCAAUGUGGCCUAUCAUUACAGUUUCAUAAAGAACAAUUCCGAUUUGUAGAUUCUCAAGAGGUCUCUGAAGGCAACGGCAAAACAAAAUAUAAAAUUUAUUUGAUUCUUAUCUGUCA